GGAUGUAGUAAAUCAAGGGACACACUUCAAGGAAGAGGUGAAAGAGAGGCUCGCCUCUCUUUCCCUGGUCUCAUCAUGGGUCUCAUCAAGGACACCGGCAUGAGACUCCCCACUGUUGUCCAUGAAACAAUCCGCAACCCAAUCACUGAUAACUUCAUCAAAUACUACAUCUUUGGUGAAACCAAAAAAAGUCAAGGCAAGCAAGCAUCCUCUUCUCGGGCACCACCAUCACAAUUUGAACCACAGCCCCACUUUUCACAUUUCGACCCCCACACAACGCUGCUUUUGAUUUUGCAAACUACGCCCAAUGGCAACACCAGUGCAAUACUCAUACAUGAAACAUGCUGGAGGCAACUAACCGUGCUAACACAUAUUUUUAGCAGUCUCAGUAUUUGAUGCGGCAGCAGACAGGGUACCCCCGGAGGUGAUGUCCCAGUUUAUGACACCAGAGGCCUAUCAGACUUAUGUCUCUUGGCCUGAGGGCAGGCUAGAUGCUUAUGGAGGGGUGAAUCAUCGUUUGGGACGCUUUCUGAUAACAUAUUGAUGGAAGACUCUGACGGAGACGAUAAACAAAAAUACUUACUUUUGAUACUACAUCAAAAUGGCGCCGCUGCCGGGGACUGGCGUUUAGAUAUUGUAGACAUCGCGACUAUUUUAUCAUUUUAAGCAUCGGUAUAUACUCUGUAAAUAUUUUUUUUGUUGUAUAGUUAUUUGCACUAACCCCUCUUUGUAUACAAAGAAAAAUUUCUUGUUAGUUAUAUCCGUUUCAGAUUCUCUACCUAAAUGAAAUCAUGGCUGAUCAUGAUGGUUUCAACCUCUACAAUCAAUUUGAGUAUGAACCCUAUCAACAAUAUCCUUCUGAAGAUGAACGGAUAACCGAAGAUGGAAAAUAUUUUGAAUCUGUUCAUGCAAGAUACUAACCAAAGAUUGAAAAAUUUAUCAUGUCAAAUGGAGAAAAUGCAGCUGCAACUUUCAGACAUAGAUGUUCAAAUCAGCAAUCUAUUCCUUCAUGAAAAGCACGAAGAUGUUUCAACUGAGAAUGAGGAAUUCAGUGAGAUUGUUGAGGAAGGAGUUGAUCAAACUGAGGAAGGUACAACACUGGAAGGUGCACAAGAAAUAGACACAUCACACAAAGAAGAAUUUCCUCAAGAACGACCAUAUACUGAAGAGGCCAAAACUGUUGAAAAUGAAGAAGUGAUGGAGGUGACAGAGAAAAAGGAACGGAUACUAAGCAAGGAAGAAUCAAUGGAAGGAAAGGGGAAGAAAGUGAACAAGGUGGAGUUGAUCGGGUCAUAGAUGAGAUAUGUGCCUUGUUCAACAAACCAAAGUUAGGGAGGAUAUGGACUCCACAUCAGCUGCACCUAAAGUUCAUGGAAUUCCUCCCAACGUGCAGAAUUACAAAACAUGAUGUGUUGUCCGUUUCAUUUUGGCCACC